UCACAGUUUGACAAACCGCAGCUGAUUGACUUGGUCAACAAUGUUGAAGUGCUGCAACUUGUCUCCGGAGGAACACAUCAGCAGAGAAAUAGAAAAACAGAUUAGAAAGGACAAAGAAAAACUGAAAAAGGAGGUGAAGCUGCUGCUUUUAGGCACAGGUGAAAGCGGGAAGAGCACCUUUGUCAAACAGAUGAGGAUCAUCCAUGGAAAAGGAUACAAUGAAUCAGAGAAAAAAGAUUUCAUCAAGCUGGUGUGUCAGAACAUCAUCACAGCCAUGCAGGCUCUAAUUGAGGCCAUGGAGACUCUGAACAUUGACUUUGUUGAUGACGAAAAUAUCAGCUAUGCAGACAAACUGAGCCCAGUGGAUUCAACCGAGGUGUACAGGUUAGAUUUCUGGCAGGUGGAUGCAAUUAAGCGAGUGUGGAGUGACCUUGGGGUGCAAAAGUGUUAUGACCGGAGGAGGGAGUUCCAGCUGUCAGACUCUGCUAAAUAUUAUCUGAGUGACAUAGACAGAAUCACAGCCCCCGGUUACGUUCCCACUCUGGAGGACAUCUUGAGGGUCAGAGUUCCCACCACGGGCAUUAUAGAAUAUCCGUUUCCCAUGAAAUCAGUCAUAUUCAGGAUAGUGGAUGUGGGUGGCCAGCGUUCACAAAGGAAGAAAUGGAUCCACUCUUUUGAAAAUGUCACCUCCAUCAUAUUCCUGGCAGCCCUCAACGAAUACGAUCAAGUCCUUUACGAGAGUCAGACAGAUAACCGACUACGGGAGAGCCUCGACCUGUUCAAGACUCUCAUUUCAUCUCAUUGGUUUAAGAAGUCCUCCACUAUCCUCUUUUUGAACAAAACGGACCUGCUGCAGGAGAAAAUCAAAACAUCACAUUUGGCAUCUUACUUCCCAAAGUACAAUGGGCCUCGAUAUGAUGCUGAAUCAGCAAAAUGCUUCAUCAAUCAGAUGUACAUCAAGCGUCACCAAGAGCAGGAUAAACCCAUCUACACACACUUCACCUGUGCCACAGACACUGAAAAUAUCCAGUUUGUCUUCGAAUCAGUGCAAGACGCGAUCUUAGGAGACCAUUUAAAACAUCUGGGAGUUUUAUAACCCAGAUCCAAGCGGUAAUGCUUCACAGAGAACAGCCCUGCUGUCUUCAAAACCAAUUUUCCUUGAACUGCUGCCUUCAUGAAGCCCCAGAAUGAAAGAGGUUGUUGGUUAUUUGGUUCAUAACAUCCUGGGGAUGAUUACAUAUUCCAGAAAUUUCAAUGAAUAUUUUAUUGAGGAAGAAUGCCACAUGUACUGGCUGAGAGGCGGAAAUUAAAAAUAGCUCUGCAAGCAUUAGAUCAUACUAAUGCUAAUAUUGAUGUGCUCAGUAAAAUUUUCAGAUAAUUCUAGUGAAAGACUGUUCAGAAGCUGCUACAUUUGGACAAAAUAUAGAUUUUGUCUUAUGUUUGCCUGUGUUAUUUUUUUCUGCUCAUUAGAGUGUAAAAAUGAAAGCAGACUGCAUUCAGUUUAUCAUAACUUUGUUUUUGUUUUUCUUUAUAUCAUUGGCAGAUUUAGAUUUAAAUUAUUAGUUUGCAUCUGAUGUGAAAUGAGAUUAAUAAAACAUAUGAAAUGUUUUUUUAUUUAUUUACAAUCUAAUAAAAAAUAGAGCGUGUUCAUUAGCACAAUAAAAAGUAUAUUCCCUUCUCAGUCAUCAAUGGGAAAAUCUUAACUGGCAUUACAGCAAUCUAAUUAUUGAAAUAAUUUCUGACCAGCUUUUGAACAUUCCCACCAGUGAGUUAUAUUAUAUUUAUUUGUCAUGGCAGCCUCCAAGUCUUUGAAGUUGGAAGGCCUCCAGGCCAUCAUUCUUAUUACUGUUAACUCCCUUUACAGAUUCAAGUCAGGACUUCUUCUUUUAGUCUAAAAUGGAUUUGAUGUUGUUUCAGAAGGAAGGAAUUAACUCUUUUGUAGUAAAGGUUUUCACGAUA